AUGAGUCGGUCCCCUUCACCGCUGCUAGAUCCCGUGGCCGUCAGCGAGGAUCUAACACCUCUGCCAACCCUGAAGCAGGCCGGAGAUGCGCGCAUCGAUUUUGACGGCCAGCUGCCAGAGCCACUCGCCUACCAUGAGGAUGUGAGGACAGGAUGCGGUGGCCAAACAUGGCCGGCAGGACUGGUGUUGGGAAAACACAUGCUGCGCUACCACAGACAGGAGAUGCGGACAGCCAGAAUACUGGAGCUUGGAGCUGGAGGUGGGCUUGUUGGUCUCGCCGUGGCGCUGGGAUGCGGUGGCGAGAACCAGCUCUUACUAACCGACCAGGACGAGAUGCUGGAGCUCAUGCAAACAAACAUCCGGCUCAAUCAAGUUGAUUCAAGGGCCCAAGCUCUUAUCCUUAACUGGGGCGAGCCACUUCCGCGGGAGGUGGUGACGCAGAAGCCAAAUGUGAUUAUCGCAGCAGAAUGCGUGUAUUUUGAACCUGCUUUCCCCCUACUCUUGGACACGCUCAAGGAUCUGCUUGCACUCAACGAGGAGGCCGUGGUCUACUUUUGCUUCAAGAAGCGUAGGAGGGCCGACAUGCAGUUCGUCAAAAUGGCAAAGAAGGCCUUCGUGGUUGAGGAGCUGUUUGACGAGGAUCGCCCAGUGUUUCAGCGGCAGUCAUUAUUUCUCUUUUCAUUCAAAUGCCGCCCGAGCGCUAAGAGCACGGCAGUCAGAGGCAAUGCGGGAAAAAACUCUAAUGGCGUGAACGGCAUCAAUGAAAGGCACUGA